UCGGACAGCAAAGUCUUCCGCAGCGAAGAAGUCUGGCUCUGUUGCAGCCUUCUUCGUAAAGGUAGACAGAAACAAAGCUCUAGCUCGCGCUAUCAAAGUCCAGCCAAAGGCACCAAAGACGCCAGAACGCCUCAACAUGUAGAACCCCCGCUAAUGUCACAAUCGACCACAGCGCUAGCCUCUUCAAUGACAACAACAACGACGGACUCUUCGAGUCCACCUGAGGAAGGAUACGACGUCAUCGACUUGGUGACGACGGACAAAGUGGGCUUGCCUGACCCGGUGCCUCAGACAGUCACUGUUCCUUCUGAGCCCCAGCCGUCAAAAUCAAGAGCAUCAUCAAUCCAGCAAUUGAAACACAUCAGGCGCCCAGACACUCAGAAGGGCACUAAGGGUAUCCUUUUCCAAGGCGAAAUCAUCGACGACCUCAUCUCUUUUCCCAAAGUUUGCCGUAACCUGUGGCACAUUGAAUUCCUACACUUGUACGACAGCUAUCAUCCCGAUAACCACGCCAGAGACUUGACGGACGACACUAUCGUGAGGCUGGCGGCGGCGUGCCCUAAUCUUCGUUCUGUCAAAUUGCGGACUACCACCCAAUUGGGACACAGAUCUUUGAUCGCAUUCUGUCAACAUUGUCCAGGACUGGAGCACUUGCAGAUAACUGGCUAA